CACAAAGCUGUCGAGCUCGAUUGAGGAAGUCCGUUAGUGACUCCCAACCUCGACACUGUAGAGUCUGAGCGGACAGACAGACGGACCCAGGGAGAGACAGACAGACAGACAGACAGGCAGGAAGAGAGACAUUAGAGCCAGUGAGACGAGUCCUGAGAAAAAAGACAGGAAAAAGACUUUUAGUCGAGGAUGGACGUGAGACGGAGAGGAGACGACAAAUUCAACGUCUGGAUUAAAUGAACGUCAAAUAAGGGAUAUAAUUCUCCUGCUCUAAGAGACAAAGAGGCUUUUUAACUCCUUUUAUUCUUUUCACAGCUUUAUUUUUUUUGUCCUAAAGGAGAGAAGUGACGGUUGUUUUUCCACAAUCUACUUUUACUUUGUGUUUUAUACUACAUAGAGAAACUAAUCUGGCCUCAGCCUCAGGAUUAUGGUGGAGUUUGCUCUGCGUGACGAUCUGACGCGGGACCAAAAUGCAGAAAUGUAAAGUUUGCAGUUAUCUAUGCUGGUUGUGGGUCUCCUCGCUGCUGCUGCCGCUGCUGCUGCUGCUCCAGGACGUGAGCUCGGCAGCUCCUGCAGGGAACCAGACCGCUCCAUGUAGCAUCUCCUUAUCUGAACCAGUGUCCCACCUGGACUCUGUGUCACUGACUGUUAACACGACCGGACAGAACUGCUCCUUCAUCGUGACGUCGCUGGACGCCGGCGCAGACUACGCAGAGUGCAGGCGGAGACGGAAAUGGGACGAGGAGUUCGGGACUAAUGACAUUGGAGGUGGCGGUCCAGGAGAGGAGGUGAAGGUCGGGAUGGGAUCUGACUACCUGGUGACCAAUCAGUCAGUGGAGGACGGCGGGAAUACGACUGCAGGAGAAGAAGAAGUUGAAGUGGAAGAGGUUUUCACGUGUGUGCUGGAUCAGCUGGAGCCUGGCACCGCCUACCAGCUGCAGGUCCACUCCCUGACGGACGGGGAGUCGGCGAACAUCACGCUGCACACCAGGCCGUCGGCGGUGAGUGGCCUGGUGGUGACCUCCAGGACCUGCUGCAGCCUGGGUCUGUCCUGGCAGGCCGGUCCCGGCAGGACGGAGCGCUUCAGGCUGCAGCUGUGGGAGCGACCUCGGAGUCCGGAUCACUCGGGUCUGAUGAAGAACGAGACGCUGGAGAGCACGGCGACGCAGCACAUGCUCGUCGGCCUGACGCCGGGGCGGCGGUACAACGUCACCAUGGCGACGGAGGCCGGCGACCUGCGGAGCAGCAGGACGAUCGAGGCUCAGACGGUUCCAGCUCCCGUCUCCAACGUCACCGCCGAGUUUCGCAACAGCACCAGCUUUGUGUUGUCGUGGCGACGGCCCGACGGCGACCUGGACGCCCUCGACGUCGUCGUUUCCGGCAACGGCAGCGUCGGCCGGGUGAUGCCGCUCCCUCCCAACGCCACAGACGUCGCCGUUGGCCCGCUGACCCCUGGCACGACCUAUGGCGUGACGGUGACGUCCCGCAGCGGCAGACUGACGAGCCAAUCAGAGACGAGCGUGAGCACAGCUCCAGCGGCGGCGGCGCUCCUCUCCCUGACUCCCUCCUCCUCCGGCUGGCUCGUUCUCUCGUGGACUCCCCCUACUGGCCACUGGGAGAGUUACACUCUGUCCCUGUUUGACGGCCUGCAGCAGAUCGUCGGCACCGCUGUGGAGCGGGAGGCGGUGGAGUUUGUCUUCCCGGGGGCGGAGCUAACGCCUGGGAGGACGUACAGGGCGGAGCUGAGGGUGGAGAGCGGAGGACUGACGGCAGAGAGCAGCUGUGAAGGAGCCACAGCUCCAGCUGCUGCGUUAAACCUCCACAUCCGACACGCGGACGAGACCUCGCUCAGCGCCAUGUGGAGCCACGCCCCCUCCGGGUCACGUGACAGCUACUUCCUCGCCAUUCUCCAUGAUAACGUCACCAUGGAUACCAGGGAGGUGGAGCCUAACAUGAGGGAGUGCACGUUCAACGUGCUCACACCUGGGAGGCCGUACACCAUCACCGUGGCAACCAGGAGUGGGAACCUGAACACAACGGUGUCUGUGGAGGGGAGAACAGUUCCCAUGGCGUUGCGUACCAUCUCUCUGAGCAGCUCAGGAGUCGACAGCCUCCAGGCAUCAUGGGAAAAACCGCCGGGAGACGUGGACGCGUACACACUGACGCUGCUGAGAGACAGUGUCCUCGUUCAGAACUUCACUGUCCCCGUCGGUUCGCCCUCUCUGCUUCUGUCUGGUUUAACGCCCGGCGCCCUCUACAGGCUCCAGGCCGCCACAGUCAGUGGACUACUGCAGUCUAAGUCCAUCAGUCUGGAUGCUAGGACAGCCCCGGCCUCCGUCUCCGAGGUAACCGUCGCUAACGGUGGCCGGUCGGACGCCCUGCACGUGUCGUGGCGUCCAGCAGAGGGCGUGGUGGACAGCUACCUGGUGCGUCUCCUGGACCGCGGCCGCGUCGUGCACACGCUCGCCGUGUCGCGCUCCUCCUCGCCGCCUGAGUGCUCGUUCAGCUCGCUGGUGCCCGGGCGACUGUACUCGGUCGUCAUAGUGACGAGGAGCGGCGACCUGGAGAACGCCACCGUGGUGCAGGCGCGAACACAACCUGCGACCGUACAGAACCCGACCGCUGUUCACUCUGCGAGAGACGACUUCCUCAAGGUGUACUGGCGUCAUGCGGCAGGCGACCUGGACAGCUACGUGGUCCUGAUCCGCUACAACCACAGCGUCCUGCAGAACAAGAGCGUCUCCGCCGGACACAACGAGUGUGUCUUCUCGUCGCUGACGCCGGGGAGACUCUACACCGUCACCGUGGAGACCUGGAGUGGGAGCGACGUCGGCAGCGUCUCCACCGACGGACGCACCUUUCCAGCAGCGGUGAAAAAUCUGUCGCUGAGCAACGCGGGAAUCGGCGACCUGACCGUCACCUGGAGCCCCGCCCCCGGAGACGUGGAUCACUAUGAGGUCACUCUGCUCUUCAACGACACGCGAGUCUUCCCUCCCGUCACGCUGGGCAGUGACGUGCGGCGCCACCGCCUGACCUCUCUGACCCCCGGGCGUCUUUACAAGAUCGUGGUGUCGACGUUCAGCGGACCCAACCAGAGAGCUCAGUUCACUGAGGGACGGACGGUCCCCAGUCCGGUGGGAAACCUCCGCAUGUCUCCUCGAUCCGGUCUGACGGACGCUGUGGGCGGACUCUUGGUCUCCUGGACUCCCGGAGACGGAGACCUGGACAUGUUCAUCGUCUCCCUGUCGACGCCGGACGGCGCUAUUAUCGAAACUCGUCCCGUCCCCAAACACGUUUCCUCGCUGGACUUCCUGGAUCUGAUCCCAGGCCACGCCUACUCCAUCACCAUCCAAUCACUGAGCGGCAAACUCACCAAUACCAACACAGCCACAGGCAGAACAGCUCCGGCCAGCGUGACGGCGCUGCAGGCCGACAACGACCACACCACGCACAGCCUGACCGUCACAUGGGAGCGACCGGUGGGCGUGUACGACGGCUACAGCCUGCAGCUGCUGGACGAGGCCGGCGUCCUCGCCGCCAACCGCUCGGUGUCGCCGCAGAGUCGCAGCGAGCGCCUGGAGCGCCUGACGUCGGGGAGACGCUACCACGUGAGGGUGGUGACGCUGAGCGGCGGCGUCCAGUCCCUGGAGGUCACGGCGGAGGGUCAGACACGUCCGGCAGCUGUCAGUAAUCUGACGGUCACCUCAGCGAACACCUCGUCUCUGUCCUUCUCCUGGCGUCCGUCAGACGGCCACGUCGAGAUCUACCACCUGUCCCUGUACAGAGUCGCCGAGGCGACGGCCAACCGCAGGCAGGACGCAGCUAAAAGGAAGCCGGUGGUGGACGAGCUGGUGGACCUGCAGAAAGUCGGCUCGUCCACAAACGCGUGCGUGUUUUCCGACCUCAGAGCAGGAAGUUUGUACAGACUGCAGGUGGUGAGCUGGAGCAGAAGCCUGAGCAGUGACUCGUCCAUCCUCGCCAGGACCGUCCCAGCUCCAGUUUCAUCUCUUCAGGUCCAGAGUUCAGGAGGGACGGACAGAGUGUCGGUCAUCUGGCAACAUGCGGAGGGAAGCUUCAGCAGCUACGAGGUGAACUUAUACGACUCGUCCGGGGCCGUUCUGGGAGUUCAGGCUCUGGGGGCGGAGCACAGUAAUCACAUGUUCACAGGCCUGGUUCCUGGUAAGCUGUACCGUGCUGAGGUCAUCACACACAGUGGGGAACUGACCAAUAACAUCUCAGCUCUGGGACGAACCUCUCCGCAGCCACCCACCCACCUGUCCGUCAAACAAGGCUCGGCCAACGAGACGAUAGUGCUGUCGUGGUCCGGCCCCGCCGCCGGGGACUACGACGACUUCAGGCUCCAGUGGACGCCCGCCGACCGCCUGUCGGUCACGCACACUCGCUUGACCGGCUGCGUCGUAGGUGGGAUGUUCCCGGGGCGGCAGUACAACUUCACCGUGACGACGGUGAGCGGAGGCGGAGCCCGGCGCGGGCCCGCGGUCAGCAGCCAGCCAAUCCAGAGGAGUGUGAGGACAAGUCCGUCUCCCCUGAAGUCGAUCCACUGCUUCCCGCUCUCCUCCUCCUCGCUCUCCUGCUCGUGGUCGCCGCCGCUCUCCGACUUCGACUCCUACGAGGUCGAGUGUCGCCGGCACGACGACGGCGAGCUGACCACGGCGGUGAGGCUGCUGGAGGGCGUCACCGCCGUGACGCUGGACCACCUGGACGCCUACUGCAAGUACUCGGUGACGGUCAGGGUGUCGUCGGCCGGACACACGAGUCUGCCAGCGACACACACCACAGUGACCAUGAUCGACCGUCCUCCGGCUCCGCCCCCCGGCGUGCGUGUGAGCGAGAGGUCGUCAAAGGUCACGUCGUCCUCCAUCUUGUUUCGCUUCAACUGCUCGUGGUUCAGCGACGCCAACGGCGCGGUGCGAUACUUCUCUGUGAUCGUCGCCGAGUCUGACGCCAACGAGCUCCUGCAGCCGGAGCAGCGCCACCCUCUGCCCUCGUACCGCGACUACAUCGCUAACUCCUCGGUCAGAGCCUAUCAGACGGCGUAUUUCCCCAGCCGCUGCCCGCAGGACGUGGAGACGGCGACCGCACAGGUAGUGGAGGUGAACCUGGGGGCGGGAGGAGACCGACUGGGCGGAGCCUGCGACCACUACCACGACGACGACCUCUACCUGAGCGACAGCUACGGCGACUUCUGUGACGGACCGCUCAAAGCCAAGACAUCGUACAGGUUGAGCGUUCGAGCCUUCACCAGACUGUUUGACGAAAACCACAGUGAGUUUCCCGAGCCGCUCUUCACGGACACGUACCUGUCCACGCCGCUGAGGACGCACGCAGAGCCUCUAGGUGGCGUGGUGGAGGGUCUGAGCGCCGGGAUGUUUCUGAUCGGGAUGAUGGUGGCCGUCGUCUCGCUGCUGGUUUACAGACAGCGGCUUCACAAAGUGGCUGUGCAGGAGAACCCGGUGAUGAGGAUGAGUAUGUGGAAGGAGGUUCCAGCUUCAGGGAUUUACAUGGGAGUCAGGAGUAAUCGUCGGGUCACCAGUCCGGUCAAAGCUUGUAACUUUGAGUCUCAUCUGACCAAACUUCAGGCCGACUCCAACUACCUGCUGUCAGAGGAGUUUGAGGACGUCAAGGAUGUGGGUCGCAACCAGACCAUGGACGUCGCUCGUCUGCCAGAAAACAGAGGAAAGAAUCGCUACAACAACAUCCUGCCGUAUGAUUCUACCAGAGUGAAGCUGUCGUACCUGGAGGACGAUCCCUGCUCAGAUUACAUCAACGCCAGCUACGUCCCUGGUAACAACUACCGCAGAGAGUACAUCGCCACCCAGGGGCCGCUGCCCGGCACCAAAGACGAUUUCUGGCGAAUGGUGUGGGAGCACGGCGUCUACAACGUCGUCAUGGUGACGCAGUGUGUGGAGAAAGGACGAGUCAAGUGUGACCAGUACUGGCCUGCAGACAGAGAACCUCUGUACUACGGUGACCUGGUCAUUCAGAUGCUGUCAGAGUCCGUUCUGCCCGAGUGGACCAUCAGAGAGUUCAAGAUCACCUCAGAGAGCGGCUGCACUUACCCUCGUGUUCUGCGUCACUUCCACUACACGGUGUGGCCCGACCACGGCGUCCCGGAGAGCACGCAGUCCCUGAUCCAGUUUGUCCGGACGGUCCGAGACUACGUGGACCGCUCGCCGAGUACUGGACCCACGGUCGUACACUGCAGUGCUGGUGUUGGAAGAACUGGGACGUUCAUGGCGCUGGAUCGGGUUCUGCAGCAGCUGGACUCUAAAGGAACCAUCGACCUUUACGGCGGCGUGUUUGACCUCCGCCUGCACAGACAGCACAUGGUUCAGACCGAGUGUCAGUAUUCCUUCCUUCACCUGUGUGUACGCGACGUCCUGAGAGCCAGAAAACAUCGCAGUGAACAAGAUAAUCCUUUGUAUCCGAUCUACGAAAACUUCAAUCCAGAGUAUUGUCGCGAUUUCAUAUACAACGGACGCUAAACACAUCUUGACGAACAACUUUUUUGGACAUUGCUGGACAAAAAAUUGCAGAUGUAUAAACUGAAGAAAAAAAGAUCAGAUUUCAGUUCAUAUUUUACCAUUUGAAACACAAUUUUAUCUCUGUUUCUUUGUGCACCACUGCUUUAAGUGAAGUUUGUAGCAAGUUAAUUAAAAAGCCAGUGAACACGACACGUUCGCGUUAACUUCAGGGACAUUUGUUUAUUAUUUUACACAGUUACUGUUUUGUCUUUUUGACUUUUCAAAAUAAGUUGGGAGAUAAAAUGUGGUAAAAUUUUUAUCGUGACUGGUAACCAAUCACAGGAAAGAGCCAUCAUUUUUUUUAUAUCCUCUACUAUCACUAUAAUAUGUUCUCACUCCUUAUAUAAGCUGUUUAUUUAAAGAAGUUACACGUAUUGCUGUAUGUAAAUAUUGGUGUAUGACUCAUACAAUUAAAGAAUAUAUAUAUAUAUAUAUGCUAUAUGUUGACAGUUUUAAUAAUGGGUAGAUAUAACCUGUGGCUGUAUUCAGAUUCAAGCAUUACUACCGCUAUGUAUUAUACAUAAGACACUUUAAGUUAAUACAAUUAAGGAAAAAUUACAAUUUGGUGAUUGAAUUAUGAGGUUUUUAAUGAAAGGCCAUAUUUUAUAAAAUAUCUGAGAAUUCUAAGUUUGCGUUUCAAAAUUAAAUUUAAGUAUUCGGUCGUUUUUCAAAUGAUUUGUUUUAAUUCAGAGAAUAUAAUCAUGACUACCUUUGGAAUAAUAAUUUUGUAUUUUCCCCCAUCAAAAAAUCUGACAAUUGAAGUUUAAUAAUUCCGAAAAAAAGUAGUAAAUGAAAUAUUUCCUGGUGAUUUUUGCAUAAAUCUUUGUAUAAUAAUUCUUAUUCACACUCCACUGUUAAAUAAUUGGAUUAUGAAUUUCUAAAAAUAAAUGCCAAAUGAUG